GGGCUGGGAUGGUGGGAAGUCUUGCUUUCUUUGUGGGCUUUGGCUGAUUGUAACAGGACAGUACCUUCCUCAUCCUUCCAGUAACAGGAAGUUACAUGUCAACGUGGUCCAUGUGAUGAUGAAAGAAAAUCUGACAGAGCUCAUGUAUGAUCGACAAAAUAGUCCAACAAAUAGAAAAGUUCAUUCUGCUUCGUAUAUCAUAGAUGAAUCCUUACAGGACAAAAAGAGCUGUGGUUGGAGGAGACUUUGUCCCCAUCACUGUGUGAAUCAGAUGAUCAAUGAUUAAUCUGACUGCAGUCAUCACACACCAUGAUAUACAGGAGAAGAUGGAGCUCUGCAGUCUGAUAAUGAAGACUGUUGUAAAAACAAUCGCUGACACAUCAUUGUUCAAUGAGGUUUCAAAGAAAUGUUGUUUUUCAGGACUAAGUAAGAAUGCAGGAAAAGGUAACAGGGUAAUUUCUCUGAAUACCUCCACACUGACAUCUUUGUACAUCUUAAACGUCACCUUUCUACUCAUUCAUUCAGUCAUUUAUUCUUUGAUUGUUUAUUUUAAAAAUCUAUUUAACUUGUGAUAAUUUUCAAUAAAGCAGUAUCUUUACUGCCAUUAUGACUGCUCUACUCUACACAUAAAUUACCAGAGGAGGAGUGUUGUGAAUGUUGUGAAUCUACAACACAUUUCAAAUAGAUGUGGUAGUCUGGUAAAACAAACUAGAUUUGUGCAUACAGCAUAAAUGUGGGCCAACAUGAGACCUGAAAAAACGAAUGUGAAACUACAACACACAACAAACCAGUACGAUUAAAGGAAACAAUGUGGGAUCCCGAUUUUUAUCAUUUUUUAGCAGAGGUGGUGAGGGUCUUAAAACUAUUUUCAGUCAUUUAGUACAGAAAUAGUCAGAAUGACUGUAGCCUAUAAACCCGUGAUUGUACAUGUAUUUAUAAAUGAUUAAAUUAUAUAACAAUAAUAAUUAUCAGCACAUUUUAGACAGCACCACUAGGAACCUUUAAAUAAUCAAACUAUUCAAACAAUAUGACACUAUGACUAUAACUGGAACAAAAAUAUAUUCAAAUUUUGUUGUGGAGAGCUGUGCCUUUGUGCUCGAAGGGAAGGGUGAUGUCUGUGCAAAGUCUAGUGGUGCAUGUUCAAACAAGACAGUGUGCAAUUUAACCAGCAAUAAAUAUCUUCAUUGUAAGUGACAAAAAUUGAGUGUACCCAAAGAUUUCUGAAGGGUGGUUAAUUAUAAAACUGCAGCUGAGAAAGGCUGGGGGCCAGGACUAGCCCUCAGGAAGUUUUUCUGCUACUAUAUCACUGGUGAUAUACUGCCUUGAUGGCCAAAAAUUUUGACCUGGUGACCAACCUGCAGACCCAGUGUAACGCUUUUUCUCCUGCAGCUAUAAUAUUUUUUUUCUCCUCCUCCCUUCUCUUAUUUUAUUUUGUCAUUUUCAAUCCUGAAAAAAAGAGAAAACAAGUGGUAUUUUAGUAAAAUGAAAAAAAAAACAACAACAUUAGAAAUAAGGUUUUAAAACUUUACGUAAAAAAAUCUGAUAAUAACCUAAAGUACAUUCUUCCUCUUCUUUUCCUGCAUACUUACUUUGUGUUUCUAUCCUUUUUUUUUCUUGUUCUGUUCUUCCUCUAAUCCUCUUUAUCCUUCUAUGAUACUGUUUUUUAUUGUCAAUAUAAAUGAAAUUUAAUUUAUAAAAAACAGAGCAUUUCAACAAGCAGCUAAAUACAAACAAAUUACAUUUAUGGGAAUACGAUUCAGAGGGUUUGAAGCACUUCACUACAUUUAAAUCCAAUUACAUUCAAUGCUGUGGAGAGAGAUUUUAGCUGACGAUCAAACUUCUUACUGCAGUUACAGUCUGGCUCUUUUUCCACCAGCUCUUAAACCACUGCUCACUCCUGUCCAUGUCAAAGCUGUAGUUAUAGUCAGUUCUUUUAGCCUGAGUUGCGGUGGGAAAGAUCAGGCUGUAAUGUAAUGAGUCAUGACAGGUGAUUCUGCUGAUCUAAGCAAACCAGCUACAGGCCUACAGCAUAUGAUACUCAUCACUCUGUAAAUACUUGUCUAAUGUCACUGCUAUUUCAGCUUUGGGAGCUUGGAGGGGGGGUUGACCUCAUUCUAUAUAAUUCAAAAAACUCUUCAAUGCAAAGUAGUUCAGUUUGAAUCUCUAAUUUUACUAAAGUGGACCUUGAAUGGCAGACGCUACACAUUCUCACAAGCUCUCGGAGUAUUGUGUCUGAACCCUGUAGCUGCUUAACACAUCCACAAGGUGUCACUUUGCUCAACAAAACUGCCUGCCAGCAGUUUCACUCGUUUAAAAACAAGAGUGAGUUGAUGCAAUGACUAGUUUUCCUCUGACAUGGUCACAGUCAAUAUGGUUAAAAAAGUUCAAUGGAGCAACGUUAGCUAAAACUUUCAUCAUUUUAAUGUUUGACAACUCUCCACCGCAGUAGUGUUGUGAUAUGCUAGCUUUUAUUUAAUUGUUAUGCACAUGUAAAGUCUUGAAAUACUUGAUCUUUUUUUUUGUCUCUGUACUGCCUUUCUUGUUACAAAGUUAGAAGGGGAGCGGUUGUAAUUUCACCUCCACUAUACUACCUGACAUACUAAAAACUGAUGCGCAAAUUAUGAGGCAAUGAUACAAGUUCAACUUUCCACUAAACACACUGACAUGACGGAGCAUUAAAAUGCUGCUUAUCUCAACACAUAAGAUACAGUGAUGCUUCCUGCGGUCUCCUCUGCAGUGUGUGUUGGGUUGGAUUCUCUCCUAAUCCUUCUUUCCAAGAGAAAAAUUGUGCUGUUCUGCACAAAUUUAAGACUACUCCUGAUAUCAGAUCAUUAUAUACUACUCUGUGUUAUCAAUAUAGAGUGACUGCCUACAAACAAUGCUUAAUCAUGCACAUUGAAAUAACAUGGUGGUGCUGUUUUAGUGAACUAAAGAUAUGAUAUUCCUGAAUGUUUUUUUUUUUUAUUGGUAAAUCAUCUGUAUUACCAUCAUUAGCUCCACUUCUAAAUGGCUUAAUGUUGUUUGUUACUUCCAGUUGAGGCAAUAAAGAGCAGUAAAGCUCUACAAGCUUUACCCUAACAUCAUAGAUUCAGUAAGUUCAUAUGUGGUCUGAAAAAUAAAUAACCGUGUUUGAUGUGGAGCUCAGUGUUCACAAACGAUUUUGAAAACUAAAAUAACAUUAAACACCACAGACUGCUUCAUCUAUAUUUUUUUACGACACUGGCACUGUAUCAAACGUGCCCUGAACUAACACAAUAAAAGUUCCUGUGGAUCAAGUACAGUGCGAAAAAACUCAGGAGAAAUUAACACAAGAACAAACUUUUUGAAAACACGAAAAGUCUGAAAAAGUUCUUAUUGUAAUUCUUGGUUGUAUCUGAUUAGACAAUGUGACAAUAUUGGAGUUUUCAUGAAAUGAAACACUUUUUUUUAUGGUUUGUACCAUGUUGGGUGGAGCCACACAAAAAAAUAUCUUAAAAAGAAAUGUUGUCCCCCAGAGAAGGGCAGACACUGAAGAAGAAGAAGAAGAAAACUCUAAAAAGCAAUGCAUCCUUUCUCACAUGCAACAUUCAGCUGCUGACACAGUCUCAACUUUAAAUGCUGCACUUUAUUGAACUUGGUAUUUAACAUUUCCCAUUAGUAAGCCAUGCAGUGCUUUAAUCAUGUGCUUUUUAAUGGCCUUGACAGAAGUUUACUAUUUGAUGUCCUAUAACUGUGACUUUAUGUUCAUAUGAAAUUGAUUUACUGUUUCUUCUGUGUCACAUUUAAGUAAAUAUGAAACUUUUCGCUGUAUAUUUCCAGGGUUACUGCAAAACAUAAGACACAAUACCGAAACCAUAAUCCAUAACAAAAGGAAAGGGAAGGUACCUCAAAUAUUGACAGUAUCCAUGAUGCUAUGUUUUGUUUGUGGACAACCAGUUCUUCUGUGAGAAAGCCGGAGCCAACACUGUGGCACAUGAAUACACCUGUUGCUUUUUGGUUAUUUAGACGCCCUUUGGAAAUAAAACAUUUCAUCAGCUCUGUCAGACACUGGUGGGAGAUUUGCUCAGGAACUGUGUAAGAAGCACUACAUUAUGCACAAAUUAUGAUGCAAUGUUUUAUCUUUAGUCAGUCGAAUAGGUUGAUUUCUAUUCUCCUGGUUUCUACAAACAAGUGUAUUCAAACCUAGAUGUGAAUAACUGGGAACAUUGUCUCCCUUUGAAUUCGGGCUGGAUUUGAGCAGUUGCCCACUCCCCUUUAGGCCCACACUUAGUUUUUUUCCACCAGUGAAGGUAGACAUAUGAAUGAGUUUGAAAUAUGAAUGAAUCGGUUCGAGGCAGCUGUAAAAACUAGCAAAUGCAAUUUCUGAAGAAAUUGUGAGUGGGAUUGCUUUGGUUGGAAUUGCUAUUGCUAAACUGCUAUUGCAAAUGGCUGAAAGUCAAAAAUAAGUGAAAGAUAAGAAGGUUUGACUUAUCAGGAAGGUUUGAAUCAAUUUUAAUUGAUUGACCCACUGAGCAUUUUUUUUUGUCUAAAAGAGGUCUAAUAGACAUCUAAAUGUAGCCUAGACAACUGGUCUAAACUCAGGCUAUCACAGGUCUAUAAAUGAAAGUUUUUUAGCCAUCUAAAUUUAGACCAAGUUUAGACUAAAUCUUAAUCCGGUUUAUAUCUAUACUACACUGUGUAUUGCUCAACGGCUAUCAUAAUUAUUUUGGUUAAGUACUUGGAGAUCAGUUAUGCAACUCACAGUUGCUGUUUGAAAUAAAUAGUCAAAUAAAAAUCGAGUAAUGGGUUAAAGUGCAACAUCUUAAUUCCGGCUAAAAAUAUACAGAAUCUAGGUCUAAAAAAUACUAGACGUCUAAUAGCCGUCUAUUGCACAGUGGGGAAUGAAUUCAUUGGAAAAGCAUGAAUGAUUAAAAUUUAAAUGUGUGGAAAAUUUAAAGGAUUAAACAUCCUAAUGUGUGAUUAAGGUAUGAAGAAUCAGAAAGGUUUGAAAUUUAAAUGACAAAAAUCAUUAAGUAUUAGAAAGGUUUCAAGUAUGACAGUUGGCUACCCGUCUCUUUAGAAUAGAUUUUAAGGUUUUAAACUCUUAAUGGCUUUGGCCCUUCUCAUCUAUCUGAUCUUCUUUUACCUUAUGAGCUAGGUCGAGCCCUCAGGUCUUCAGGAAGUUCUCUGUUAACAAUACCUCAAGUUAAAACCAAGACAUAUGGUGAGGCAUCUUUUUAUUACUAUGGCCCCCGUCUAUGGAACAGCUUACCUGAAGACUUGAGGACUGCACCUAAUCUUAAUGAUUUUAAAAGCAAACUGAAAAACUACUUUUUUAGUCCUACUUUUAACUAAAUUUUAUAUCAUUAACUUUGUUUAAGUGUUUUAGCAUGUAUCUAUUCUAGUUUUAAUAACAGGAUCGUCUUUUAUUGAGCUAUUUUGGUGCUCUUAUUUUAGUAUCUUUUACUGUUGUUUUCAUUUCAUUAAAUUUCAUCCUAUGUUUCUUUGUUGUUUUUAGAUUUUAACCUAAACCUCCAGUGUUUCCUUAUCUUGAGUUUUAAAAUGACGUUUCCUCAGUGCGCACAUUCCUGUUUCCAUGGAAUCAAGCUCUUUUUAAGUCUAUCCAUUUUAAUACUAUUUCUGUUGCAAUUAGAUCGUGGGGUGGGAAUAGGCGGUUGGGCUGGGGUAGAUUUGGGUAUUCUUUUAAUCUUGGGUUGGGGUAGAUUUCAGUAUUCUUUUAAUCUUGGGUUGGGGUAGAUUUGAGUAUUCUUUUAAUCUUGGGUUGGGGUAGAUUUGAGUAUUCUUUUAAUCUUGGAUUGGGGUAGAUUUGAGUAUUCUUUUAAUCUUGGAUUGGGGUAGAUUUGAGUAUUCUUUUAACCUUGGGUUGGGGUAGAUUUCAGUAUCCUUUAAUCUUAGGCCAGGGUAGAUUUGGGUAUUUUUUGUUUCUCUUGUUCCUUUUUCUGUGUAAAGCACUUUGUGCUACAUGUUGUGUAUGAAAAAUGCUAUAUAAAUAAAGACUGAUUGAUUGAACUAUCAGAAAGGUUUGAAUCCGUUUUGAAUUAGUUUAAAUUUGUUCAAAGGAUUGAACAAUGUAUCACUAGUGAAAGUGAUUUAAAACAGGGAAAAAUAAGAUGACUCAUUAAGAUGAAAAUCCCCUUCUGUCAUGAUUGAUGCAGACGUGAUGGAUAACUGGGAACAUUGUCUCCCUUUGAAUGUGAGCAGUUGCCCACUCCCCUUUAGGCCUACACUUUUUUCCACCAAUGUAGGUAGACAUAUGAAUGAAUUUGUAAGAGGUUGUAUAAGCCUGUUGGAGGCAGCUGUAAAAAUUAACAGCAGAAGCAAACAGCUGUAACAGUCAGGUUGAAUACACACUGUGAGGAUGUGUUGGGUUUUGACAGGAGAUGGGCGUCGCCCGUCCAGCCAAAUGUCAGUUGCUUUGACAGACACGCCUCCGAAAGGAAGACUUCUUCUCAACCGAGCAUGAGAAGUUAACCACCCGUUAAAGACCCGCCCUAAACGCCCACGAGCUCCGUUUUCAUUCGCGUUGUGUCUCUGUCAAUCAACCAAUAUCCCAAGCGACGUCAGCAGCAGCAGCAGCAGCGCCACACCGGGGCUGAGGAGGAGUGGGUGACGAAGAGCGAUCACCACCACCACCACCAGGAAAAAAUAUCAGGAGCAGAAAAAUGCACGGACUGGAAGGCUCCAAUUGACUGUCAGUCAGACAUUUUCUUAUUGUCGACUUGUGGUGCUAACGAACUCAUUCAAGGAGCAUCCGUUUGGGAAAAUGAAGGUCCUCUUCCAGAGCGAGCUUUCUGGAUUUUAGCCAGUUGGCUGCAAUUCCAGGGAUGCUAGCUGAGCUAACGUAGCUCGCUAACAAUUAGCCUGCCCAUUUUGCUACAGUGGUCACUGGGUGCCUCCGUCUGCAAGGGAGAACUCACCUUUUCCCGGUUUUGUCUUUCUUGUGGAGUGUCUUCUGACCCUUUUGCUGAGAGAUAUUGGACUUGACUGUAGUUUUUCCCAGUAAGAGGACAAUUUGACGGGCGCUCAUCGUCACUGCGCGGGCGUACAGUGUUGGAUUCGGGGCGGCUAGGCUUGCGCUCGGCCGGGCGACCAGCAGAGGGGAUUGUACAAAUGUGGCAGCGGCAGCUAGGAGUGUCCCACUGCCACUGGGACCGAGAUUGGUAGUUUGACAUUAAAACCCAGAGAGAGUCAGGUUUCAGGGCUGGUGAAGAAAGGGAUUAGAAAGUGUUGGCACAUUGGGAAUACAUCAACUCGUCAGGGUUAGCAGGUUUUAGCUCAUAUGCUAGUCAAUGUGGUGAAGAUAACCAAAAUUGAAUUGAGCUUCUCUGGAAAGAGCAUUUAUUAAAAUGUUAAUCUACAGCUCGGGUUGUCAUGCAAGACGUUUGUGGACAUGAUGCAUUGAAUUUUUAAGACUUUGAUUCAACCGUCAAAUAUUGGACACUUGACAUCUGUCUUCUAAUCAUCAAGAAGAGGUCAGGUCCUGCACCAAGCACCAUCAGCAAACCCCCUCGAUCUGAUUUACCUGGAUAUUACAGUUUGAAAACGGCCUGGCUUAUUUGUUUGACACUUUGUGAGAGGUGUAGCCCGACGUCCCUUGUCAGACGGGCUUUUCAGCUCAUGCGGUGAUGACUUUAGACUCCAUGAUGGCUUGUUGCCUGAGCGAGGAGGCGAAGGAAUCCAAACGUAUCAACGCAGAGAUCGAAAAACAACUCCGGCGAGAUAAGAGAGAUGCAAGAAGAGAGCUGAAGCUUUUGCUGCUGGGUAAGUCUGCAUCAUCUCAAAGGUUUCUGUCUCAUCCUGGCUGCACACGUGCACAAUAUUCCUACUUCUGAUACACACAAACCUCAAAAUGCUUAAGCUCUGAAUGUGUUUUGGAGGUAUGCAAAACACUACAACCACGAAAGCACAAGCCAUAGUAACCUGCUUCCCACAUGAUUUGUAUGCAGUGUGAUAUGCAAAGCUCAAUCCAGAUAUGGUUGAGGUCUUUUGGCCAGUCUAACAGGGAGCUGACAAUUACAUCACAGCUUCUGCCACCGCUUUUCCGAGUAUAAUGCACCUGUAGAGGGUCUCCAGUAGGGCCCGACUGAUUUAUCGGCGAGCUGAUUGAAUCGGCCAAUUUUGGCCCGUUUGAGACUAAUCGGUAAUCGGCCAAAACUCGCCGAUGUUUUCAGAAAUAAAAUUCGGUUUCAGAUCCCCCGACUUAUCCUGUAGAUGGCGCAGCGACCUCAUGACAAUCUUCAUCCAUUAACUAUCUCACAGCACAGCAGAGUGACGAAUCUGAAGCAGGCAGUCGUAGGGACGCAUGGAGGAGAGUGGUCCGCCUCAACGGUAAAUAAGACAGCUUGUGAAAUACACAACAAGUCAACAAGUUUCAGUUCAACCCACUUCACAAUGUGUCCCGUUGUGCUGGUCUCGCUCACGCCGAGUUAACGGUGAAGCUCCAUGUAAUAUGCAAGCUAAAGUUGGAGUUAGCCAUCUGCUAUUAGCCUGCUACGCCGUUAGCCGUGCCAGUAGAAAAAAGGUAGAAAAAACAACAGUACACAUUAUGUGAUCGAUCUACUUUUCUUACUGAGGCAGCUGCAUGUCCAAGUUUGUUUCACGAUAAAUACGUGGAAUAUUACUGAGGUUAAUGUUACUGAGAAGUGUGUGAAAGGCUCAAAAGCAGCCAUUUGUUAAAAAAUAAGUAAAUAUGUUGAUAUAUUACCUAAAUUAACAAAAUUUUAAAACUUAACUUUAAAAAAUCGUCCGAUUAAUCGGUAAUCAGAUUUUUUUCCUCCCUGAUAAUCGAUAUUGGCAUCGGCCCCCAAAAAUCCAUAUCGGUCGGGCCCUAGUCUCCAGUUCUAAAUGACCCACCUCUACUGGUUAUCACAUCCCGUAUGCACAAUUGAGCAAAUCCCAUACAACUUCUUUGCAAAAAGUGAUUGCUGUCUGUUUAUGAUUGGUCAUAUUGGACCCAUCUUGUUCGAUAAAGAAGAACAAGCCUGUUAGGGAUAAGCUUUGACAACCAGCUGUCAUCAGUCCCUUCUUAUUCCAUUUAUUCUGUAGUUGCUUUUCGCAUUAGUGUAGUUUUGUUUAAAUAAUGAAAAAGAGCUGGUUUUAAUUAAGCAAGGCAGACAGCGUUCUCUUGGUGCCUGCUCCAGAAAAGGCCUCACUGAGGUGACUCUCCAAGGGAAAUUAGUUCUUCAGAGAGUAGACUGUGCCAUGUUCCAAGAAGAAUCAAGGACAAACACUGGUAAGUCAAUGGCUUUAGCAGUUGGAAAUAUGGCAGCAAGGAAAAUCAUCCUACUUUAACUUGAGCCUGCUUGCUCUCUCUUGCUUUCAGGAAUUGCUCAAUGAAAUAGUCUCUGAAGCUGGAGAGGAUACAGUUCCUGAAGUCUGAACCGGACAAUACAAUCUUUACAAGUUGGGUUCAGUCUUAGACUGUUAGACAAGAAACUCUUCCAUCAAGUGUUACGUGUGCAUGCUGGCGUAAGUUUUGAUGUCUGACCGAGUGUUUCUAUAUAAUUUCUGCCUGUUUCCCCUUUUUUUUGUUUGAAUGUCUGUUGACAUGCCAAUGUAGAUGUAUGUAGACGAUUUUACUUGCAUCAAUUGUCAAGCUUUGUCUUUUUUUCAACAGUUUGGUUAUCUACCAAGAUAUUUCUUCUUUAUCACAAGUACAAGAUUGGGGUUAGCCUGCAAGCAGAACAGCGACACUAAAAAGAGCAGACAUUCACUCUUGUGCUAUGCAGGCACUUCAGCCCCCCUGCGGUUUGUUGUCACAUGUGACUGAAUUACUGCUCUAUGGUUUGUAAGAUGCACUUAGUCAUAGUUGCAACAACUUUUAACAAUGGAGGGAAUAACAGCUCAUAAAAAUGCUGUUUGCUUGUCUCUGAGCUUUAUGAGUCAUAGUAUUGCUGUCUGAACCUCAUGAGAGCUGUAAUUGUUGAAUGUAGGAACUAAUUACUUUUGUUUGCCUUAACAUGAGGAGAAAUUAUCAAUGCAGAAACCUUCUAUCCACUUAAAAAAUGAAUAGAUACAAAAACUGUUUGAAGAUAAAAUUGGGCAAGAUCUGCACAAAUAGACUUCAGUAAAAAAAAAAAGGAAUUUCUGUGCAGGCAGACAGCCUUGGAAGUAAAUCUUACUGUUUUAACUGAAUUUUUACAAAUAGGUCUGAAGUGCAGUGGAACAAAAGGCACUUACAUACUGCCAUUUCAAGGUGGGAUGUUUGUGCCACUGUUGAGGCAGUAACAGAGGAGGCGGGAUGGAGGAGAGAAUGUGGUGAUGUGUAGUGUCAGUGCCAGCAGUGCAGAAAGCACUGUAUGUACUCGUGUGACAGAGCGUCUGUAUGUGGAGCUCCCGCUGUAUGUUAACAAGCUGUGCCUCUCACGCACUGUAUAGACUUAAUACAAUUCCUAAUCCUACAUGCUGGGAUACCAAUAGUACACCGUUUAUGGGCGCAGCGGCAUAGUGAAUGCACAACUCCAGCGCAGUUGUGGAACUUACUGUAUAUUUAAAGGACAAGGGGUCAGGUCUGACUGAAAUACCAUUGGUACAAAGAGUUAUCGGUAAUUAUUUCUUCUAUCCUUGUUGUAAUGAAUGGGUCAGUGUAUCUUACUCUAAAUAAUGGAUAACAAAAGGAGCAAUGAAGUGUCUCUCCUCAAUAUUUAGAAACUUCCAACAGUACUUGUAGUGGUUGAUGCUCAGAUACUUCUGGGUCAUUUGAGACUUGGGACUAAGAACUAUGGAACAGAACAAAGGAAUGGGUUGCACCAGCUGUUCAUAGGUUCAAACUCAACCUAGUUUGACCUUAAAUUGUGGUUUGGGAUUGAGUUAACACUCCCCUAUUGUUUUAGGUAUUUCCCCACCUGAGAUGGUUCCAACAUAAAAAAUAAGUUGAUAAUUAUUUAUUUUGUAUUACCCCCCUAGACACUUUGGCCAAUGACAUCCUGAUCUGCGUAACAACUACAUGCAACACCAUCCAGAAGCCAGGAUAUACUGGCUCACACUCACUCUCUUUACAGUCCAGUUACGUUGUAAUGUUUCUGCUGUCAUUGUUGGUGAAGUUGUAUCUCCUGUGACAGUCUGUCAUGCAUGAGAAAGGUUACAAUGCUGCGACCAAGCCCUUCCAGACAGCUGCACAAAAGUUCUUUUUUUUAUUUUACAUGUGGUAAUAAAAAUCUUCAGUUUCAAAUGUUAGUUUUUCCAAAAUAUUUGAAUAUAUGUUUAAAUAUGGAAUAUUUGUUGUUUGGAAGAAUUAGUUUAUCCAAACAAAAUCCCAUUGAAGAGAAAAGCUUUUCUCCUCAAUGGGAGUUUGUUUCAUGAAAACAUUGGCACUACUACACUGGUGUAAAGCUGUAUCUACAGUUAAAAAUAACAAACUCACUGAGCGCUGUCCUUGGAAAACACUGUUCCUCAUGAAAACCCCCAUCAAUGCCAAUGGGACCUAAGGCAAUGUAAGGAUUAGGCUCAGGUGGCUGCCUCUAACUUUUACAUGCAGAAAAACCCUGCCUCAAUAUUGCUUGUCUUACAUUGAGUGGUUACUAUAAUUGGAUAGAGCCAAAAACUUAAAUAUAAAGCAUUGUGUUUGUCCUAAGCUUGUUUUAAAUGUCAGUGUCAGAUGCUGAUAGAGACCAUAAAGGCUGAAAAUGUUGUUUGUCAGCAACAAGUUGGUUCUCCUCGGUAGAGAUGAAAACUGAAAAGGAGCCAGGGUCACAGACGUGCUAAAUCUCCAGCUCUGUUGGUAAUGAAAGGAAUUAAAUAUGUGCAACCCAGGAGCCUGCCGUACUAAUACCAACUGUCUUCAGUUAUUACUUAGUAAGUAGAAUUAGUAAUUUUGUCAUUACAUAAAAAUUGAAGAAAAUAAAGAAGAGGUUGACCGGUGUUGGUUCUUCAAGACCAAAACAAAAAACUAUUUUUAGAAGUUGAUGUGACCAAUAAUUGCCAAAUAAUAAUAAAAGUAAAAAUGACAAUCCUUCUGUCAAAAUAUUCUAAACUUCAACUCAAAUCUUAAGUUUAAAUGCAUUUGGCAAAGCUGAAUCAAAACUAGGGGUGUCUCGAUACAACCUUUUACUUCCGACACGAUACAGAUAUUGUAGCUGUCAGUAUUGGCCAAUACCAUUAUUGAUACCGAUAUUGUAGCCUUCAGUAUUGGCCGAUACUGAUAUUGAUCUGAUAUUGGCACAAAAUUGUGCAUGACAAGCUUUGCACUCAGCUGCAACGUCUUUUACUGACUGAAACAAGUCUGAUGCCCAAGCGUAGUCUGGAAUGGACGGCUUGUAUCCGAUAAUUUAAAAAAAAAAUUUUUUAUGCUGAUAUCGGAUUGAUAUCUGAUAUAAAUAUCGGAUCUGGGCAUUCCUAAUCAAAACUGAACCUUUUAACUCCAUACACAGGGAUUAACAGUCAAGAAGUUACACUGACAUUUAUAUAACAAUUUUGCCAGCCAAUCAAAUGGUGGAUAGAGUGGUAAAUAAAAAGAGACCCAGAAGGAGUGACAUUUUAAAAGUUGCCUAUGAUUUGCCCCCCUCAUGAUUUGUAAAGCGGGAGCUGACCAGCAGAUCAGAUAAGAUCAGAUUGUAGAAACAUAACUCCAAAAUGGUGAUCCGAAUUGCUAUAGAUGUGUAUCUGCGACAUGUGCUGCUACCAUUUUUAAAGAAAGUAUCUACUAGGAACAUUUUCUUUCCCAGGCCAUUGGCCACAGUUUAUAUCAACCCCUGACCUGCAUUAGCAGCACUACUAUGCUCAUCAGGUAAAACCCUGCAAGGAAAUACCAGAAAUUAAAACAGAGGUUUGAAAUUUGAUCUAAUUUUGCCACUUUUUUUUCAGACACUGCUUUCUGGAUCAUGCCCCGCUCUUGAACAGUAGCUGACUGUCUUGGUAUUGAACACAGCUCCUGUCAUGUGACAGCUACUCAUAGGGAACAGCAGGGUGGUGUGCAGUAGCAGCAGUUAUGAGCCAGAGUCAAAUCCUCAGCAUCAAGAGCACUUUCUUAACACCUGAGCUAGCAUAGUCCCCAGGCAGUGCAGGAUAUUUACCUGAACUUAAGAGUUGAAAGUCAGGAUACUGUAUAUAGACAGACAGACACACACACACUGAGCACACACUUCAUCUGUCUGUGUGCACGAUGUCAAACAGGCCGGUAGUUUCUGGGUUAAUGAGUGUUUGUUUUUUGGAAACACCCAAGGAUGUCUCAUGCGUGGAGCCUACCUACGCCUAUUAUAGUUUCUCUCACUAAGUCAAGCAGAUAAGCUCUGUGUUCACCAUGUUUAUUUGUAUCCCUGUUAGCUGCUGCCAAGGUAACAAGUGACAUUGCAGGGUUUUGUAGAAAUAAAAAACAGACUGCUCACACACACACACACACACACACACACACACACACACACACACACACACACACACAGACACAGAGGAUAGACCGACUCAAAAGACACUGGCAUUGUGGUUGUCGAAGAGCUGCCCCGUGGCACUUCAGCUAUCCUUACAGGCACAACACUGCUGCUGAAUACACACUUGGCAGAUGCCUCCCUGUAUCCUCCUCACUCCCACAACUGUACGUCUAACAGCAAUGACUGACUCUCAGCCAAGGUUCAUGAUGUUAAUUUUCACCCACGUGAGCUUAUUUCCCAGAAACCUCAAAUUGCCAGACUCCUGCAGCCUGACCUGGAACUCUAGUGUGACUCUGCCAACUUACUGCCAGGAAGUUUAGCUAAACACAUAUUGGUUUAAACAGAAAUUGCUUCGUAUCCACCGUGAAAGUCAUAUGCACUCUUAGGUAAAGUUCCAUUCAGGACCAAAUUGAGUCUAAAGACCGUUUUAAGUCAUUAUCUGCUGCUGUCAACACACUACAUCAAAGAACCUUCUGCCAAGACAUCCGUCUAUAUCUCGUAUGACUUGUGUCGUCCACUCGUUCUGUGAACAGGAAGUGUCAGUGGUCUUACAGAUAUUAAAGAGAGGCUUGAGGUGACUCUAAUUUUAUAACUUGACUUGCUUAAAUGAUAAAUAGACUAAAAUGGCAGCUUUAUUUACCUAGCUUGCAAUAUUGCAUUGAAAUAUAAGGAAAGUUUGAUAUUAAAGUUGAUUUGUUUUUUUGUUUGUUUUUUGUGCCUUUUUGUCGGAGUGGAUGGGACAGUAGAUAGAGUGGAGAGUGUCAUGCAGUAAAGUGGCUGUAGGCUAGAUUUGAUACCAGGUCUGCCUGUUUGAGGUGUACAGCCUCCUUACCUGGGGCAUGCAAACUGCUAGGCCAAACCAGCACCCUGGAAGUUUGAAAUGUAAAACCUUUUUGUCAUCUUAUUUAUAUCGAAGGGCGUACCGAAGACUGCAGUUUUCUGGAAUUUUCCACCAUGGUUGUUUUUGGUGGUUUGUGGACAGUUUGUGGUCGUGUUUUUCAACUUUAAAGUUUGAGCUGAAGAACUAACAGUUCACUAUUUCAGCCUAAUGAAUUACUAAUAUAGGUUGACUAGGGUAUUGAAUCAGUUUUUGAUUACUGUCACAAAUCCUUGAUAUUGAUUUUGGCUGAUGAUUGAUGUCAAAGGCUUUGAUCCAGCAGUAACCUGAUAAUGUAAGAUGUAUAAUUUGCAUGUGUGUAGUGAACUAUAUCAGAGCUACCCCAGCUUUCAUGUAUGAUAGAUCAUAUGAACAUCUUGAUUGCAACGUGUGCUUGUACUGUAGUCACAUCCUAGGGUGUGGGAUGGUUUUUACACCUGUAGUACACAUACUGAAGAAGAUGGUGAGCCUUCUUCAAAUUACAAUUUACUACUAUGGGGCCGGUGAUGCAGAUUAACCAACCAUCAAAAAUGAUUGGUUACAUGUAAGUCAAUAGCUCUUAUUAAUGAAUUAUGAAGUAACAUAUUACUCUACUUGAACUCCUGCUCUCAUCUCUUAACUUCCCCAUGCAGGUGCCAGAGCUGCUGUCAUUAUGUAUGUUUUAUAUUGCAAAAUAGAAAAAUACCACAAUGUCAUUUUGCUCAAUACUGUACAGCCCUAACUCUUCAGUGCUUGGUAGAUGAAAAAUAGAGUUUCGCAGUGUGGUCCAAAGGCAGGACAGCAGGUGUUCAUAGUGUUGCUUUGUUUGUCUGGCGGCUCUGUUGGUUGAACAAACUAGUUUAGACACACCCAGAGUUUUAGCAGUUAUAUGGCAGUCAGGCUUAUGAAAGACUGCCUGCUGCUUCUCGACAUUGCCCGUCAAGUUCAAAAUUACAGUAUUACUCGCAUGAAAACGUUUUAAUUCCAGAUAAAAGUUUAGGGUCAAGAGCAGAACAUGGAGGGAAAAAAGUUUAGCGUGAAAAAAAGACUUUAAUUUACACAGAAAAGUAGAUUUUUGUAGGUAAAAGGUCAAGAGGAGUUUAGAUUUGUAGGUGGACUCAUUUUUAUCUUUUCUUUUUUUCAAGAGUCAUAAUGAUAUAGCUGUUUUUCAUGUUGCUGAAAGACCUCAUUUGAGGUUUUACACCUGUACCUGUUGGAAAUAGUGGAAAUGUAAAAUAGUUACACAAAAAGAGCCUAAACUCUUCAGUCAAACAGCUGCCAUAACAUGUUUCAGCUCGAUCUCUGACUUAAACGAUAGCUAUGACCAGAUCUUGAUUGAAGAGGGACACAACAUUGAAGUACUUGUCAGUAUGUGUGUGUGUGUGUAUGUAUAUGAAAACUGAAGAGAUCCGGAUACUGAAGGAGACAAAAAGCUCUUUGGUAUGUUUACACAGUAACACAUCAACAGGGAGCACGUUCCCAGCUAAAUCCUGGACUAGGAAGAAGGAAGUGAAGCUGAAGACGGAUCACAAUUAGUUGAGGCAUUGCAAACCAAAAAACCUUUGUCCUGUGGGAAAUACUCCAGUACAAGAAGCAUUUUGAUUAAAUGGGAACAGAAAACAAGUAGGACCAUUACAUCGACAUCGAAGUAGUCUUGAAGGAAAAACAUACCAGGAAUUUCUUAAAACUUGAGUACUGAUUUCGUACAGUCACUCUUUUCUAUUUCUAGUCAGGGCACUAGAUGUGCUCUUAAAAGUUUGUUUAGUCCACACACACAUCUCAAAUAUGUCAACAGCUCUGUUUAUUCAGAUCAUCCUGGAAAAGAAACAAGUCAGGAUGAGAAUUUGUGAACUAGCUGGCAGGUGUGUUUCUGCGGUUUUGCCAACAGGUUUAUCUGCAUCUUGUCUUUUUUUUUUAUUUUAAAACCAAUUCAAAGUUUUCAGUCUAAAGCUGAUGACAUGGUCCAGUAAUACGUACAAUCUGUAGAUUAUAUUCAUCAUUUCUAACUGAUGUCCACAAGUCUUUACUCUGGUGUGUAGUUUUACUUCUGCAACUUGCAUGAUGAAAAAAAAAUCACCUAUUUCUAAACUUAAUAUGAAGCCAAUAAGAAAGAGCCUGCAAGGGGAAAAAAAUGCAUUAUUGAAUUUAUGCAAUGCAUUAUUUUGUUAAAGUGAAAAUCUUUCUCACUUGUGCCUCUUUGUAAAAGUCAGUGUUUUAAUCAUAGAGCUGUUUUUUUUUUUGGAGGAGACCAGAUAGAGAAGCAAAGUCAGUGGAAUUUUGUACAUUGAAAGUUAAAACUGGGUGAAAAGUUGCACCUUCCCUUCCCCGGCAUCUUCCACUGAUAUUAAGCCUGUAUGAAACACAAAAGCAACUUGACUAGACUCCUGAAAAGUACAAAUGCUGAUGCAUCAACUGGGGAUCAGAGGAUGUUAGGAAGUCUUUUUUUCCCCCUUAUCAUUUUGUUUCUGCGGUUUUGUAUAACAAGUGGGAGGAGCCCAGGGAGGAUGGAAAGUGACAUGGGAAAUGAAUGUGAACUUUUUUUUUUAUCUCUCUCACACACUCACUUGCACCAUGUUGGAUGUCUGGCACAAGGUCGGAGGUGAAAAGAUUAAAAAAAAAUAAUAAUAAUAACACAGUACAUGCGGCAGGUUCUUGAGGAUGCUGUUUGUUGGGCCUGUGUCAAUAGUCCAAGUCCUGUUAUAACCUGUGUCCAAGUCUGAGUCAAGUCUUCAUUAUUAAUAUUUUUUAUCACAAACAAGGUGACUCUUUAACUUCAAACCAUUGACCAGAUGAACCUGGACCCAUGGGGCUUUUAAAUAAGUGGAAAACACCCUUUAACUCUUUAACACACCCUGGUAGCGUGUAUAAAGAUUUAAAGCUGCUGUAAGGAGUUUUUUAUAAGUUAUAAAACAGAUUCAAAGAAUCAGUGAUGCAUCUCUAUGUUGUACAAAAGCAAAUGAGACCACCGAUGACAAGGCUAGCAACAUCUCAAAUUUAUUUUCCAAUCCCUCUAACUGCCUUGAGGGGGUAGGUACACUGAAGAAACAGCCGCAGUUCUUUUUCCAACAUCAGAUAUGAAUGGAAAGUGAUCAAUUUCACUGUCAAAUGACAACAGAAGGAGAGUUGUACGCACAUCUGGACUUAUUCUAGUAUGUUAGUUUGUUGUUUGCCAUCUCCUUUAUUCCACCCCAAACCAUUCAGGUGUAAUAUGAUACAUGUAACACUCACAAAUACAUACAGAUUAUAAAAAAAAAUAAAUAAGUGUGAUUGUUGUUGCAAGUAUUCACUUGGACAGAGAGUCCAUAACCCUGGUAGUUCACAGGCUGUAUUUAGAUCAUUUAGCCAGCCUGACAUAUUAACAACUGUAUUUCAGACCUUGGGAUGAUAUUAAAAAGAAAUGUAAAUGACGCAUCAACAAGCCAAAACAGUUUCCAACUAUAAUGAAAAUUUUAUAAAGUGCUGUAAGGAAAGAGAGCAGUUUAGGAGGAGAAGUAAACCUCUAUCAUGAGCGGUAUCAGACCAUGUGAUGAAUGACACUUUGUUCUUGAAUGUGAAAUUUGGCAUAUGUGUGGGAUGUACCAAACAUUUCUUUGGUGCUCCGAAUGUCCUCUUACAGCUUUGUUUCUCACUUGUUGUCACAGUGGUUUUCUGCUGCAGGUGAGGAAUUUAAACACCUAGAUUAAUGAGUCAAGAGAAGUGAACAAGGCUGAUACUUGGAGAGGAGUCCAUGAAUAGUUUGAGUAUGAACAUGUUGUCAAUCAUAGCAUUGGGCCUUUUGUCCUUUUAGCACAAAAAUUCAGGUUAAGGGUUUCUUAAAAAUGUUGCUGCGAGUUACAUGGCUUUGAAAAAGGCCACUUGACAGUCACUCAGCCACCCCUUUUCUGUACAGUCAGACAGGCCUUCUGCAAACACUGAGCUCAAGUAGACACAGCUUCCUGUUUGAUGUGCCUGGGGAAGUUUUAAGGAAUCAUUUACUCAGAGCACCUCUCUCCUCUCUGUCACUCUUUGCACCUUUCUCCUCAUCGACUCCUUUGUUACUGUAUUGAAAUAGAUGCAGUUUUUGUUACUCCUCGUUUAGCCUAGUGAUAAAACGUCUGUUGCAUCUUCCACCAGGCUUGUCACAGUGAAAUGAAUCUUUUUAGAAAUAUUUUUCCUGUAGCUUGUGAGUUGAGAGUUAUUUAGCAGAAAGACUGAUACUAAAGUGUGUUCAUGAUGUGGGUAAAGUAACAUGAUACUGUCCCAGUACAUGGCUACAGCUCUGUGGUUACUGGGCUUCUUGACACCUCGCACAAUCCUUUCCUGCAUAAGGGAUUUAUUAACUGCUUGUUUAAGUCCCUGACUGGUGUGAGUGAGUCUUAACAUCUCAAUAUUGUGAAAUUUUGAAUGAAUCCGCUUUUCAAGAUAGUGGGUCUUGUCUGACAUGACUGUAGCUGCUCUUACUGUUAAUGCCACAUAUUUGUAUUCACCAUACAACAUCGUUUAGAAGAGGCUUUUAUCCAAAGCGACGUACAUACAAAUCAUACAAGAGGAGGACACACACUGGGAGCAAGGUAGGUUAAGUGUCUUGUCCAAGGACACAACAAACAGACUAGGGAUAGGGGGAAUUUGAACCACCAACCUUUCAGUUUAGGGCUGCAACGAUUAGUCGACAUUGACAAAAAUUGGUAAUGAAAAAAGUCGACAAUAAAUUCCAAUCCCAACUAUUGUUGCCAGACGUGUUUUUUCCAGUGGAGUGAGGCAACUUACUUCAUUACGAUCUCCGCCCAGAGUCACACAUGUGCAAUAGCAUCUCCGCUGAGCGGUAGGGCAUUCAAACAUAGUGCCGGUGGCCCAUACAGCAGCUACAAGUACGCGUUCAAAAACAGCCAAAGUUUGGGAGCACUUUAGCCUAGAUAAGGCAUAAAAAUAAAAAACUUGGAAGGUUUGCAAAGCAGACCUUGCGUAUUAUGGCAGCACAUCGGUGAUGCACAAACAUUUUCCGAUUAGUCAACUAAUCGUUUCAAUAGUUGGUGACUAUUUGACUAUUAACAUAGCCAUUAGUUGCAGCCCUAUUUCAGUUGCAAAGCGAUCUAACAGCUGAAAGGUUGCUAAGCUACUGCUGCCCCCAUACAACAUAAACUACACUUUUCUUUGACAGUCAAGGACACUUAAAGACUGAGUAGACUUUGUCAAGGCUGAUAUACAGAUUUGACUUAAAACACAAUCUUCGUCUUUUAUUUUUUCAUCUAUGGUGUAAAACUCAAAAUACUUCCACUCUGAGCAUCUAAGAUGUUGUAGUGUUAUGAUUAUCUCCUCAGUGUGGCUUUAGUUGACCAUUUCCUCCAUUUUUGUACAGUAUUACUGUAUUGUUUUUUUGAGGUUAUGAGUGCAUGGGUUUGCUAACUGGCUAAUGUUAGUUGGCACUGUGGAGCUGGCUUCCCGCAAUGCUAAGUGUGGCGUUUGUCUGCCUUAACAGUGGAAUAAAAGGGCUGUGGUGUAAAGACAUUACGACAGCUCUUCAAUGGAGCUCACUUUGGCUCACCGUACAAUACUGCAGUUUGAACACAAAAAGACCCAGAGAAAGUUAACCAUGUGUUUUUUUUUUUUGUUUGUUUUUUUUAUGAUCAGUUUUUGAUGGCCAUUCUUGCUCUACACCACAUUAGCAAUUUAGGACAAGUGCUACAUACUAGGGCUGGGCGAUAAAUCAAAAAUUUAGCGAUACCAAACUUUAAUAACCAAUGUCAUUUUGCCCAUGCCAAUAUAUUUGCUGUCAAAACACUAAAUAAAGUUGGUUUUGGAUGUGUGUAGGUAGGCUAUGGUCUCAUGCCCCUUUAAGUUGCUGUCCCACGUUUGAGAUGUGACCCACCGGAUCCAGUCCGUAACAAAGAGGGAAAGACGUGAGGAGAUGGAGGACAGUUCAAAAGUUGUAGCAGCUGGAGCGGUGGCUGGAGUUGACAUUGGGAGGGGGUGAGCAGCUUGUGGAGUAGUUAUCAUCCAUUUAUCAUUAUUGAGGUGAGCUGCUCAAUAUAUUGCGAUCUUGAUUUGAGGCUUUAUCGUCCAGCCCAACUACAUAUAAAAUCAAAAUUCUCUCUAAGUUGGUUUUGGGUAAAAAAAAACACUUUUACGUUAUUUUAUUUUGUACUUUUAUAAACUCUAAAAAGUCUUCAUGACACACCUGACUUUUUAAUGUGAAAAGUAACUAAUACCUAACACUAAAGCUGAAACGUCACUAAACCAAUAGAGAGAGAGAUAAUUUCCAAUCAUUCAUAUUUAAUUUUUUCCCUCUUUAUUCCUGAUAGGAAAAACAUGCUGAUGAUUCUCAGUGAGUAUGUCCGUUAUUCGCUUUCAUAACUUCUAAAUUCCCACAGGCUGAGAGCAGAGGACUGGCAGAGGACAUUGUGGGAUUAAAAAAAAAUGCUCACUGAAGUUGCAUUUUAAACAAGGCUCAGUGCAGGACUACUGAUGCCGAUCAGCUGGUGUUUUCUGCCAUGUAUUUAUGAGUCCAGCACAGGCGUUGCCAUGGGAACUAGCAUUACCCCUCAGGAGUAGCUCCAGUGAAUGUACAGCGGCUCAUCCGUGAGAAAUGAUUCUGCUGGGCUUUCUAGUUCAGCAUGAGAACAAUGGGAUCCGUUGAAUUGAGAUGAUCAUGCCUGCAAGACACGCACCUCUACUCUGGUUGUGUGCAUAUGGAAUAUUGAAUACAUAUUAACACAAACCUAACUCUUCUUACAUUUCUUUAUUUCCAUCAUGCUCUCUGGAUUAAACUUGCCUCUUUGUUCUUGGCAACUCAGACAAAAGAAAAGCAAAGAGGGCGAAACAACGGAUUUUCUUUCUCCUUCUAUUCCCAGACUCACUCCUCCAUUCUCUUCAGCUCUUCAAUCAAUGAGAACGUGAACUCUCCAGCGCUUUGUCUUGACAAUUGCUAUUUAUGUCUCUUUCUCAAAGACAUACUCUGUCUGAAGGGGGAAACUCCAAUAUUGCCUGACCUGCUUUCCACAGUGAAAGAUCCUGUCUGGUUCGAGGGGGAGGCAAUGCUCAGGGCGACUCCUUCACUGUACACUCAAAUGAGCUCCUCAGUCAGCAGCAGUCAAACUUGACUCUCAUCAGCCUUGGAAAGACAUUUCAGCUCUGCCUUGGGAAUACCAGCUGUAGUUUACAACACAAGCACAUUCCUUCAAAACUGCUUGGACAUAGGGACUGAAAACAUUCUGUUUUUGUUAUUUGUUAUCGCCCUUUAUUUUGAUUAUUUUCCUCCAACUACUGGCUCUGACUAACAAAGAAAGCACCAGACAGGCAGUGUCUCUUUUAAAGAACACAGAUUUGCAUUACUGUCUUAAUUCGGUGGUAAGUUCAAAGUUCUGCCCCUGAGAAACAACAUCUUAGUGUAGUGAGUGCCUUAGAUUCCAAUGAUCCACAUUAUUUGAUUGCUCUAUUCCUUUAGCACCACCAUGAGACAGUCUUCAGGAGCUUUCAGUCAAAUAAUUCAUAAACUGUUGAAAUAAAAGUCAAAACUAGUAAAAAUUGAACCACUGACAUUUCCCAUACAGUGAUGCUGGUAGAUGUCAGAUGUCGUGGAUGCUUCAGUAUCUCACAGUCAAUGCAUCUCAAAGUCUGGCCUCAUCCUUCCAACCAUAGACUGUAUGUACUAUGGACAACUUGGUUCCGCCUUCCGCCAGUAUACAGAUUAGAAGCUGAAAAGCUCAAUUUUUUUCUCCAUUUCCUGAAACCACCACUUGUGCAGUUGUAUCGUACGCAUUUGGCGGGAGAGUCGCUGUGAUGACACUCGGCUCAAACAGCGUAUCCCCAGGGUGAGCUAUGCAAUCUUCUUACGCCCAUAGGUUGUAUCAAGUGUCAGUCAUAGAAAUCAUGAACUCCCUAAUAACUUUUAAAAAUGGAGCUGUACAGAAAAAAGAGGACUUGAGCACACACUCGUCUUACAGUAACUACAUGUCAACAUCUCAAGCAGGAGGGAGAAAAAUUUAUAUUCUGGGUAAUAAAUUUUUUAAGUUUGUCCACAGCCACAUAAGGAUGGCUGGCAGAGGCGGGAUUUAUGACCUAUACUGCAUCCCGUCACCAGAGUGUUCUGUUCUCUCACCCAGCUUGGAGGCAGAUGGCGUCUAUUCUAUAUACAGUCUAUGCUUGCAACACAGAAAAUUGCAUUCAUUGCAGUGCUUGAUUUUCAGUUCCCUGCUCUUCAUCAAAUUAACCAGAGUCUGAGAGCGUAUCAACUCUGUCUGGAACUUUUCAUAUUCUAAAGCUUAACUUAGCCUUGUUUUACGACAGGUGGCAAGAGCUAAAGCUAGCAUACUAGCAUAACAACACAAUAACUGAGUUAUUAGACUAACAUUCACAACCUGGUAAUUGUUUUUGACUAAUUGUUUUUGAUAAUUGUAAUUGACUAAGGACCCAUUUUUCCCUGCUUCAGGGAGCUGAGCUGAGCUAGGAGUAUAUGUGAUAUACCCUGUUUGACAAAACAAGAUGUGUGUUUUUGUCACUGUUGUUUUAACAUUUAUUCCCACAUUAGUUCAGUCUGGCGUAUUAGGUUACUGACUGACCAGGAGUCAUCUUUUUAUUUUCUCUCUGUGACAGAAGUUUAAAGGGAUAUUCAGGCGUAAAAUUAAUUUAGGGUAAAGUCAAACACACUGUAACACCGAGUUAGACACCCUCUCGAGAGAUGGAUGUUGCUGACCGCUUGGUUCUCUAGUUAUACCAACUUUAGUAACGACCACAGGAUAGCAAUACACAGCGGUCUGAGGAGCCACCCACAAACCUCAACCAAAAUGCCACUCUAUAGCCACAUCUUUUUAGCCUUGCCUAAAAAGAUUGAGGUAAGGCUACAGUUUUGCUCUGCUAACAUGGUACAUGCUCUGUGUAGACACAUUUUAUUUUGGAAGGAGCAAAGUUAAGGCCAAGAGAGGUUUGAUCUUUGAAUUAAGUCUUCAUUUGCUCCGCAUGAACAUAAAAUAUAUUAGGAAUUCUAUCUCUUAGCUGUUGCUUUUCAAGUAGCAUAUAAAUGUUGUGCUUAUUCAGCAAUCCAACAUCACUAAUUACUGUUCUAAAUAUUUGUACGUCAUCCUAAAAAGUCCCCUCUUUGUCAUUUAGAAAAAUAAAGGCUUUGUCUCCUGGCAAACCUUGAGUUUUUUUAUACAUAUACUGUAUAUCCAUGCUAUCCUGCAGCAAAUCAUUGAAAGGGAUCUGUACAUGAAAGAAGCCCUGAUAUUUCUGGUUAAUUCAUGCUUUGUAUUUUUUUCUUUAUAUUAAAUCAUCAUCAAAAAUGAAAUUUACAAAUGUAUUCAUCAUGGAAAUAACUUUUCCAUGAGCAGCUUCAGAUCAGUAUAACAGAGACAGCAGUGAAAGGUUGAGACAGGAGAGGACAUGUAGCUGAUACUGCUGCAGUGACUCAGACCAGAAUGUUGGGAGCAGUGAGAUGAAGAGACGAGUGAUACAGAGCUCAAGCAGGGUUGUAGAGGGAGACAACUGGGGGUGGAUUGGGGGUGGAAGAGAGAAGGAUAACUCUGGGAAGAGAUGCAUGCUGAAACCAGGUUGACUUUAGGUUAGAGUACUACCUUUUUCUUCUGAAUAUUCCUCUUUGAGUAAUGAAUAUAACAUACAAACCCAUUCAGACUCUCCUCUGACUCUUCAGUGUCCUCAUAAUAUCUCAUAAAAUAUUUCAAGAAACAGAUCCUGCUGUUAAGGCUCUAGUGGAGCUUUUAGUUUAUGUGUGUUCGUGAGAAGAAAGAUCUGUGAGGUUUUAUGUCUCUUUCUCCAGAUGUGUAACUAUGUUUCCUUCCCUACUGCAGGGUUUCUGUGUACAUAUGCAUGGUCACUAUGGUACAAAAUUGGACGAAUGAACUCGGUUUACCCAGCUUUUUGUUGAGCUGAGGUGAGCCCUGCUACCCUCUUGUGGUAACUCUGCUUGCCCAGGCUGUCAGUAUGGAAACCACCGCCAAAACAAAGAUUACAUUCCAGUGUUACAUUGCACAUCUCUGCACUCUGAAGUCGAGAUGACAAGGUACAAUCUGUAGACCACGAUCAGACCCAGAAACUUUCAUCUCGGUAAAUCUUGACUUUUUAGAUCCUUUGAAAUGCCCCAGCUUUAUUUACAUUGCACCUGUUGUACAAAGAGGCAGCCCAAAAUACAUAAAUAUGUUGUACCACCUUUAAUUAAAACAGCUGUAGCAUCAGUCAUGCCAGAUCGCACAAGAGAACUGAAAUAUAAGGUCCGUAGGGUCACUUUUGGGUUUCUGUUUUGCUGGAGUAAAAAAUGUGAAAGCAAGACUAACCAGCACUUUCAUACAGCCUGCAUUGUUUCAACACAGAGACUGAGUUGGCAUUGAGGUCCUGACCGCUGCCUGCGGGCAUGAUAGUGCUCAUUCCUUCAACACCAUGUGUAGCAGUGCCAGGGUGUAGGUGGACAGACAAGGUCGCCCUCUGUUGCAAUGACUGUCUUGUUAUUUAUCGCUAAAGUUUAAGUUACAGAAAAAGCUCAACAUGAUGAGUUACAAUUGUGCUAUUUUUUUUUUUAAACUUUUACAGUAGCUUACUUUUAGUGCUGCUUUCUUCCCAUGAUACAUAAUUUGAAAAGCUGUAUGCAUUGUAAGGGUGGAGCCACUGCUUUAUUACAGUUGUUGAAGGUGGAACGAGUGUGGCUUGCCCUUUGAUUUGUUGCAUUGACAUAUUUUUCUGUAGUUUGAACUUUUUAACUUAACAAUUUUUUUUUUUUGAGUAUAGUUUGCCCCAUGUCUUGUACCCUGCUUGUACUCUCGCUCAACUUUCUGCAUCAGUUUGUGGCAUUUUUCCAAUUGUUCAAUAACUCUGUAUCUUCUUGUCUUUCAGGCACUGGAGAGAGCGGCAAGAGCACCUUCAUCAAACAGAUGAGAAUAAUCCACGGGUCAGGCUACACAGAUGAGGAUAAGAAGGGCUUCACCAAACUGGUCUACCAGAACAUCUUCACCUCAAUGCAGGCCAUGAUCCGCGCAACUGAGACCCUCAAGAUUCCCUACAAGUACGAACAGAACAAGGUGCGUACCAUGAAAUUUAAAGUGAAAGUGUAUUUUGGUGCCUAAACUUUAAGUCCAAAUGCAGAACCUUUACAGAAUUGUAUUGAAUCAAAUAAUGCCUCCUAAAUUCAAACAAGCAUCUCAAGAAUCCUGACGAGAAUCCUACAUAUUGUCUUGUUUGUGAGGCUAAUGUGGUGCUGAACAGCUAGUGUGGCAUUAUACAAGUCCUGGAAUGGACUGCACUGGAUUGGUCAAUGUAUAGUAGGGUGACCAUACUCUGAAUACCCAAAAAAAGGACACAACUACGCAGGGGCAGAUUAACAGAGUUACACAUAGUUAAUUUUGAGAGUUUUACGGGUCGGAUCAAGAGUUUUUUAUGCGCCUCUAACUCAGUAAGUGCAGGCGACACAAACUCUAAACUUCCUUACAAAACCCUGGACAUUUGAAGGAUUUUAUAAAUUCCCCAUACAAAGCCGGACAAUGCCAGACAUCUCCCAAAAAAGUGGACAUGUCUGGGUAAAAGAGGACUUAUGGUCAUCCUAAUGUAUAGACUGCACUUGUGUAGCUCUUCUUAGGAUGACACAACCUUUCAAAACCUUAAUUCACCUUUUCAUCCACACAUUCAGUAAAUCAUACCUUUGCUAUUUUCACAAUCAUUGUUUUGCCCAAAGACACUUCAAAGGGCUCACAAUAGGAUCCUGUGUUUGUUGAUAGGUCUUGGAGCCCACUAGAGGGCAUGUGACAAGGUUGUAUAGUUUUUUUACAGUGAUGUCAAGUAAUGUCGCUUGGUUAGCUAUUGUUUUGGCUCAGUAGCAGAAGUAUAAAAAUGAAAAUCAUGUAUUUGAAACAUUUACCUUGCUUCUUCAGGUCCUGGACUGACAUGCUUUUGUUAAAAGUUUGCUCUUAUGCUUUAUUUUUUUCUUCUAGAAUAACGCUCAGCUGGUCCGUGAAGUGGACGUGGAGAAAAUUUCAACAUUUGACCAGCCGUACAUUAGUGCGAUAAAGAUGCUUUGGGCUGACCCUGGCAUCCAGGAGGCCUACGAUCGCAGGAGAGAGUACCAGCUCUCCGAUUCAACCAAAUAGUAUGUCCCUGAACUAUGGUCUUUUCAUUUUCUUUAUGAAUCAAAAAGAGGGAAAUUGAAUACUGUGAAACUGUGACCUCUAGCUCGUGUGAUAUAAUAAUCUCAGUCAGGGCGGGAAUAUGUGAAAAGUUCUACUGAAGAGCUUAUUUUUUAUUCAUUUUUAAGAAACAACUUUUUAAUGUGUUAAACAUAAACUGACCCUGUCAAUGAAAUGUGAUAUAAGUACUAUCUAACCGUGACGCAGCUUAGGGAUGGGCGAUAAAGGCAAAAAAAUCAUGUUAAUUUUUGCCAUUCUGGCGAUAACGAUAAAAGUCCCGGUAAAAAAUAUUAAAAUUCCUAUCUAUGUUUUCGACUCAUUCUGCCUUGAGGACACCAGUUGGCUGAGUCAAAUAAGAUACAUAACUACAAGUUUGAGUGGUAGGCUGUAGGGAAAACUAGUGAAAUGUGAAAACACUUUGAGCAUUUAUAGAAAACUCUUAUUGCACAGAGUGAGCAGAUCCACAGUGUGAUGUCAGGCAUACCUGAUUGCACUCGUCUAAACCCCAAUCUUGAAGGAAAUCCCUCAGGUGAAGUUUUUUUUUUUUAGCAACAAACUGCUCAGAGACGUCUUCUUCACCACCUUCAGCCAUGUUUGUUAUUUAUUUAUAUUUAUUGUGAAGGAAUUUUCUGACGAUAAAUCGUGAAUUCUAAUUUAUUGCCCAUCCCUAAAGCAGAUCCAAACAAAUGAUCGAGCACUUUGAGAACAGGCAGUAAGAGAGUGAUGUUUGAGAAUAUCUGAGAAAGUUAAAGAAAUGUAUGUUCAGUGCAAGCCAUGUGGAGUUAAACUUGCAUGGUUAUUUAGUGUUAAUUUCUAGUGCAUGAGAUGAAUGCCCUCCCAUAUAAUUGAUGUGCUGUGAGUAACAGAGAGACCCAGAGAUGCAUUCAAAAUUUACUACCUGUUUAAAGACAUUUUUUGAAAUGUUUUUUUGUAACCUGUGUCAAUGUUGACAUGUCAACAGAGUUUCAGAACGGGGAAUCCAAGAGGAUAGAGGAGUUGGGGUAAAAGAGUGGGCAGGUUACAAAUGACUGCUAAUGAUAUCAGGGCUAAUGCUAACCUCCUUAUAUCUGUUUUUGUCUCAUAUUGCUGCUUUUAAAAAUUAAGAACCUUGAAAAUUUGAGUUAAAGGAUGAUUUUUUUCAUUUUAAGUUGCUAUUGAAUGUAUAACAAUUUGUUAAUGUGUUGGAAUUGGUUGUGUCAUAGACAUACUUCAACUCUCUGGGUCUCUUUCUUGUAUACACUGUACAUUUAAACUAUAUUGCAUGCAUGUUUAGCUCAGUGGUUUGCCUGUAUGUCACAUGUCCCCUCCCCCCUCCACAGUUAUCUUACUGAUUUAGAACGAAUAUCAACGACUGGGUACGUGCCCACUCAGCAGGAUGUGCUGCGGGUCCGAGUGCCCACCACCGGCAUCAUUGAAUACCCUUUUGACCUGGAGAAUAUAAUCUUCAGGUACUGGUGUUAAGUGCUGCUGCUGAUGUCACUGGUUGGCUCGCUGCUCGGCAGCUGGUCAACCAGUCGGAAACCGUCAAUGCCGCUAUCUGCAUCUCCCCUGUUCUGCACAGCGGGGCCCAGCACUUUCACACAUCCACGUUGGCACGCUCUCAAAGAUUGACGUCAAUAGGCCCCGAUCCUUCUUUCAUACAAGGGAGGCCAUUUCAGUGUGUACCCAGGCUGUUAAAGUAAAUUGUUAAACCAAUUUUUUGGUGUCAAGUUAAAACAUUUUUUUGCUCAAGUUAAACUUCUAAUUCAGCACUGAAAGGAUGGGCAGAGUAAGAAAUUGAGGACUGUUGGGUCUUUGGUAGCUGCCAUCGAGGAUGAAGCUAACUUUCUCAGAGAGAACCUUGGGGGUAAAGAGACAAACCUAAACCCCUCAUAACUCUUGGGAAUGGCUUCCUGUGGUCACACUGGACUGAUCCACUUGCUUUUGGCAGGGGUGUGCUGUAUCUGCUGUUAUGCUUCACUUUCUCUUUCCUCCCUCUCUCUGUCCCUAUUCUUCUUGUUUCUAGCUAUCUAAGCGAUCUGGAUCGUAUUGCUGAUUCGUCCUAUCUGCCAACCCAACAGGAUGUGCUUAGGGUUCGAAUCCCAACCACUGGGAUCAUAGAGUACCCUUUCGACUUGCAAAGCAUCAUUUUCAGGUAGAAGAUGAUCCACAUGGUUUUACUAACUCAACUUCAAUAACCCCUCAGUGUUCUGUUUUUAUUCUAAAAAUCUCAAGAGCUGUCUUAAGUCUGAGGUGAAAUAUUCACACUUCAUCCACAACAUGAUUCAUUUCCCCAUCUUGUUUGAAUUUGUCCUCAUCCUUCCUUUUAUUUUCAGAACAUUUAAUGUGACACACCAGUCAGGAAUGCUGCCAGAGCUGAUAGGCGUAGGCAAUCAAUGAAUUACUUGAUUAAUAGAAAAUUAUUCUCCAACUGCAUUAUUAAGUAUUUGUUUGAAGUUGGGAUCCUUAAGAUUUCAGUCCCGGUUUAUUUGGGGACACCUACUGUUACCAUGGUAACAGCUAGUGCCUUUCAAUUCAACAGCAAACCGAAAUGAAACUGAAAAACCACAGAGUGAGCCUGUUUUUUCGCUGCAUCUAAACAAACUAAUGUUUCCAAAAUAAAGCCCGUCAGUGAAAGAAGAGAGUCUUCCUUGUGCUGUUAGGAACUUUGAUAUCAUUUCAUUUCAGGUAGACCUUUUCAGACAGGGACAAAAUAACAGAAGCUGGUUACCUUGCUAAUGAGUUGGGGAAGACUGUUUCCUGGUCCGCUCCCCAAAAAAAAAAAAACAGCUCACUGUAGCUGCUCCUGUAUCACUGCUCUGAAAAAGAGGCAGUGAGAUGAUUGUGGUGUGUUAUUCUGACUCUCUAUAGGCACAGGUGUAAAAAGAAAAAAACAGUGAACUGUGAAAUACUGAUGAAUAACACAAGCAGUAUUUCCUGAAAUCGGUUUUAUAUUGGCAACUAAUCUGAAAUCCAGAGUUGGACUUCUAACCACAUCACAUGUUGAUGUUCUGUCUGCCAUUUGGAAGCUCUGUUGACAUGUCAACAUUGAUAUAGAUUUAUUCCGUUUUAAACCUGAUAUUUACCUUUUUUGCUUCAGAUCAUCAAUGUUGACAUCAGUUGCUAAAGUCCUCCGUUUUAUCCCUGCAUCUCUGCGUUUUCCUAUGCUGAUACCUUCAGCACUCAGGCCGGUGGCUACAAUGGGCCACAGGCAUCUCAAAGCUUCAGUGGAAAUGUAACCCACCUCCUCACUAGUUACGCCUGUGACAGCCCACGCCAAAGUCUUAAAUCUUAAAGCUGAUCUGAACUCCCUGAAGUUGCAUCACUGUUGGACCUCUGCUCAUGGCUGGAAAACUUGCAGCCCGUGUACAGCAGGUCUCCUGUGGCUGAGAAUGGCCUGUCUCCAAAGGGUCAACCUUGGCUGAUCUCAGAUCCUUUUCAUUCGCGGCCGACUGUCAUAAACGGGCUUUAAAAGACCCGUCUGCUGUACAGCUCAUGUGAAGUUGGUGCUGGCAUUGUCGUCCCAUUGUCAAACUUUUUAAUACCUUCAGACUCGCUUCAGGCUGGGAGAAGGAGAUGACUGAGACAGUCUCCAAUUUUGUUAAUUUAAUUGCUUUCAAAUCCGUCUAUCAUGUUUCCCAGAAGCACCAUUCCAAACAUUUUUACUCUAGCUCUAAAGAUUCUGAAUUUGUAGCCACUGCUAACUCAAGCAUCUCACACCCAGUUUCAGACAAAUCACUGACUUAGGAAAGUGUUGCUUUGACUGUUGAAGUUACAUCAAGAAUGAAUCAGAAACAGUCAAAGCCGUUUGAAUAGAAGUGUCAGUAUGGCAGGAUGCUGCUGUCUUUGUUCAAAAAUAGUUUUAAUUUAAUUUAUCCAUCCUCACAGGACCUGAAUGCCUUGGAUUUACUGACGUGGUUAUUUAAAGUGGGCAAAAUAAUCCUGUUGAAGCGAUAGAAAUCUAUAGUCCUCCCUCACCAACCAUUGCUUCGUUGGUAAACUAAAAGAGCUUUCUCAAUAUAUGUACAUAGAAAUGAUAAUACAACCCCCACUCUCUUGAUUUGUUGUCUGAUGCCUCUGAUGACCUUGAGAAAUUAAGCAGUAAUCUGAACAUUCCACAACAUAUUACUGGGCUCACCGUACCCAGACCAAAAAAGCCAAACAGGUCCAAAUUUGUGGCUUCUGGUGUGUUUUUUAACUUGGAAUCAGCGAUCACUGCCUGGUUGUUUGAGUUAGGAUUUCGCAUAUCGUCACCCUAUUAAAAUAAUGGCCUAAGUCAUUUUUUGACAAAAAUGAGUUUUUGGCCUUGAUCAUCUCUUAAAAUGAUUUAGAGAUGAUUUAGGCAAAAAACUCAUUUUCGUCAAAAAAUGACUUAGGCCAUUAUUUUAAUAGGGUGAUAGUAUUAAGAAAAAGAAAUCAAGACCUAUUUUUCAAAGUAAUAUGAGAGUCUUUGAUGACCAGGGAUUUUUCCAAAAACUGUUUUCAUCUGUUUUUUUUCUGAUGUUGACAUGACACCAGACUAUUUCAUAAAAACCUUAAUUGACAGUGCUAAUACACAUACACUCUUCAGUAAACUCAGAAUAAAAGACAGGUCCCUUGGUUCCCCCCCAGAGCUUUCCAAUCCGUCUAAAUCAAGAAACACAGCGCGGUCUCUCAGUAGACACUCAGGUGUUUCCCUCUUGCCAACUUUAAAACAAAUGCACAGCCCAUUUAUAGAAUGAGAUCUGAAACUUCUUCAUAAACGUCAACCAAAUCCAUCUGCCUUUGGAUCAGGCUUUGUAUUUGGGCUGCAUCUCAGCCUUUAAACGCAUAUAAUUUAUAGAUCAAAAUUAGGUUAUCUGAAUUAGAACAAUAAAAACAAGGUUUAUAUGUUGACGCUCUACUCCAGAAGUUUUGAAUAUCUUACAAACAGACAGAGACAGACUCUUAAAGGCAGUGAUUUUAUGUAAUAAUUCCUCUUAGUUUAUUAUUCCUGGAGAGUGGUCUUGGCAGAGAGACUGUCUUGGAACCCGCCACCAAUACGUCCAGCAGCUUCCCUUCCUCCUCCUCCUCAUGCAAAAAAAAACAAAACAAAAAAAUGGAGAAGAUGAGGAGCUAGAGAUGGAUCCGGGGAACAAGAGCGAUUACAGAAGAGCGCAAAUCGAUUGGAAGCCAUCAUGUCAGCCCCCUCCUACGCUUGGCAGAGCUAGAAAUAACUCUGCUUGCAAUGAGGUUGUGCUGAAGAGGUUCCCAGCAGCCCUGCUGCAGCGCCCUGAUAGGCUCGUCUCUGUUUGGCUGUGCUGUUGGCGGUGAAUCACUGCAUGCUCUCAAUGACAUCAGUUCUGUGUGAGGAGACCAAAAAUACAAACAUGAAUUGAUGAUAACCGUGAGGUGUCAGGUUUUAUUGGAAGAAAAGCAUGCUUAUUGAAGAUUCGUCGAUCAGCGGUUUAUGACAAUGUUUGUCAAGCAUAUGUAAAAAAAAAAGGUCUGAAGACGGUCUACGCAGGAUAUGAUGUUCCAUGGCCUUAAAGUCAUGUUUGGAAACAAGAACAUGUUGGAUCACUGUUGUAGCUCCAACAAGGAAUCCUUUCACAGACAAACAUCUCAAUUAGCCAUGCUUCCUUCUCUUUUAAUUAGCUUUGAAGCCACAGAAAAUGUAAUUUCUCCUAGCUUAUUCAGCAUAGGAGAGCUUAUAGCACAAAGUAGGUCACUCACCCUUUAUAGAGAGAGAGAGAAAAAAAAAUGAUGGUUCUCGAUAUGAAGGAGUUUCAUUUCAGGCUAGCGGUUCUGGAUGAGUCCAUCUAUCAGUGUUGUCAGGGUCUUUCGUAACUGCUUGUAAAUUAGUGAAAAGUAAACUAGUGUUAGCAGUCUAAGGGCAGAUAUCUUUACAAAUAUCUGAACAGCACAAGAAGACAAAAGUUGUCCUUCCUUCAAUAAUGAUAAGACUUCUGCCAGGACGGAAAAAAGGCUUAAGAAAAAAAUCUUUGGAUGUGUUUUUUAAUUUUCUAGUUUGAGUUUUGACCGACACGGCCACCAGGGGAGCGCUUCAAAUUCUGGCUUCACUUUAGAGAGCUGUUUUGCUGUCCAUGCUUUUAUACAGUCUUUGACACACCCUAAACCAACAAAAGGAGGAAAACUUUUUACUUAAAAAUGUAUCUCUGUUGUGUAUCAGUGUUCCUGCAUCCUUCAUCGUUCUUUCUUUGCCUUUUCAAAUCUCUGGUUUUCCAUUUUUACACAUCUGAUUAUCCUCAACUGCUACCCUUCUUCCCUGUUGCUGUUAAUGUGUGCCUCAUAUUAGCAUCUUUAAAAAAAAAAACACAUCUAUAAAAACAUUGUCCUGCAUGAGCUCUUCUGCAUCUACUUUGCAGAGAAGAGAGGGAAGGAUGGUAUUGAUUGCUUAAAUGCAUACACUUCUUUGUGAUCUUGGUUUGCUGUGGGGAAGUUCUAUUCUAUCCUCUCUGUAAUUCUCUCCGCACAUUUGUGGUCCACAUUUCUUACAUUGGUGGUCUCAGUGAUAAGGCCCAUGGGUGAAUGAACUACAAAUUAAACAUGAAUUUGAAUCAGUGUUAGUAUUGAACUUAAAACAAAGUUUGGUGCAAAAUUAACGAAUUUACAUCAUUUUACAAUGACUGCACCUUUGCUUGGAUUAAUUCUGUAAUUUAAGAGAUUUUUGUCCUGGAGUGACCCUUGGCUUGUCUUGAAACUAUCACUCAGGGUCUCCUUUUUGUUUUUCUAAAUUUUUAGAAAAAUUGAAUUUAGAGUCAUGCAUGUAGUUGGAUUCACUCGUUGGAUUUGAUAUUCUGAUUCUCUUGAGGUGUCAUAAUUUAGGCAUCUAUUUAGUAUUUUAGAAAAGUAAAAAAAUUCAAUGUACUAAUCCUGAGGUUGAAUACAUGAAAAAUCACAAUCAGUAGAGUGAGAAAUUCCAUUCUAAUUCCUGUCUUCUCUUCUGUUUGAUUUCUUCUGCCUCCUGAUUGGUGACCCACCAUCUGGCCUUCCAAUCAGGAUGGUGGAUGUGGGGGGUCAGAGAUCAGAGAGAAGGAAGUGGAUCCACUGCUUUGAGAACGUCACCUCCAUCAUGUUCCUGGUGGCGCUCAGCGAGUAUGACCAAGUCUUAGUGGAGUCGGACAACGAGGUGAGACAGACACAGGAUCAAGUCAUGAUUUUCUGAAUUGUGGACAGCAUAAACAAAAUUUUGUCACUCAGAAUUAAUCCUGAGGCGCUAAGAUAUUUUAAGAAACCAUCACAGGUGUCAUUCCAAAUUGGAAAUAAAUGAUUAUAAGUAGUUUGCCUGGACCUGUUCAAAGUCAAAGCUGCACUAGACCUUAACUUUUAAUUACAUUAGAUUGUGUCUCUGUGUGAUUCGUUCUUCAACUCUGUAACUUAAAACAUAACAAACCUCUGAAAUUUUCCAUCAGUUGAGUGUUAAAGCUCUUUGUUAUAGUUUUUCAGCGUGCAGCUUUAAUGUUUAGGAUCAUUUUCAUCAUUUUGGAAAAGGCAAUGCCAUAACAGUCAAAAAAGAAGGAAAAUAAAACGUUUUCUGCAGUGUCAUGUUAAUGCACUACAAGGAGGGUUUUCCAGCCAACAGUUGUGUACCAGAAUUAACAUGUAAUACUUAAAUCCUUCAAUGCACAUUCAGCCUGCGGAGGGAUCAGUCAUAUGUGGCAGUGUCCAACUUUUCUCAGUGUUGACAGAGACUCCAGACCAGAUUUUACAUCCUACACUUGCAGACGUCAUAGAAACCAACAUUCGACUCAAUAAUCAACUGUCUUGUUUUCAUUUUAUAUUCUUGCAAAUCUGUACAUCCAUAUUCAGUUCUCUUUCUCUGUUUAUCUGCCACAUUCAUUCGUCCUCUUCGCACCAGUUGACAGUAUUACACUGAUUUAUCAUUUGUCGAAUUCUGAGUUUCCUCAUGUUACAAAGUAUUCAGGGAGCGAUUAUAAAGCUCUGACAAGCUGAGGUAUCAUAGGAGACUUUGUAUUAUUAACAGGAGGACAAAAACAGUUUCAGAAUUUAAUACAAAGGCCUGCCUCUAAUACAAGUCCUGGAAGGCCUGGGACCUUCUGCAGAUAAGAAAAUUAAAGGUCUGGGCUUGUAUUUGAGGAUUUUGUGUGGUUAUCAUUAACAGAACCACUGGAUGUUCACUUGUAUACCCACAAAUGAAUCUCUCACCAUGAACCUACAAAUGAACUUCCAUCUCUUGAGUUCUCAGAUAUAUUUUUUUUCUUGUAUUUAUGUCAUGGAUCCUAACUCUGCUCUGUUCAGAGAGAAUUAUAGCCAAUAAAACUAAUGUGAUCAGCCGCUGCAUGCCCUAUGCUCCCCUUCUGACAACAAACCCUUUCUCUGACCUGGUCAUAUGACUACAGAGUUUCAUAAACCAGGCUCAGCUGCCAGCUUGACUCACUGUUGACUGUGAAGCUUUAGUGAUGUACAGCUGAUAUAGUUUACCAAGGUCAAUGUUUGUACAACAGCAGUUUCCUAACUACACACAUACAGCAUACUGUUAUCUUGGACCAGCCCGCUCAAACGUGGGGCCUCAUUGCACAUAGGAACACAGAAACAUGUUUUCAUUCUCCUGUGUUGCUGUUUAUUUACUUUUCCUGCCUGUAAUGUGCACAUGGUCCCAGGUGGUAGGCGACAAUAGAUACUUCUGAUGCUGAUACCCAGCUCUGUUUCUAAACAGUGAUGGCUGAUGCGAGAUUGGGCAGUGUUCAGCCAUCACAGUCCACAGAUGUAAUCCCGUUGUGCUGACAGGCUUCAGAUUGAGACUUUGACCCUCUGGACCAGUCGGAGCCCGACCGCAUUUGUUUUCAAACCUCUUUGAUUUCAUCUGUGCCAUCUGGCAGGGAUCGUGUUAUGACUCUCCAAGAAUAAACUGUAGGAGCAACGCCGACAUUGAAUUUCGAUCAGAAAUAAGAAGAAGACGUGUCAGACAGGAGGUCUUGUCUUUUGGCAGUUUACACAAGUGGGUUUCUUAAUCCUUCUGCACCACUUUUUCAGUGCGUGAGGCAGUUUUCCUCUGAGGGAUAAAUCUGAAUCAUUCCUCACUACUGUACCUUCUGUUCACUUUGAAUGCUGCAUUCAAUCUCCACGCUCUGAGAUGUAGACUGUUUGAAUAUACGCUCUUAUUGGUGCACAGUUUCCAUGACCAAGGUGCAUUUUCUCUCCAGUUUGAAUUCACUAUUUCUGCUGACAUAUCAUUACUUGGUCUGUUCCUCCGUCUAAAAUUAGUGCUGUUCUCUUGAAUUAUUCAUCAGCUGGACACACAAUGCCCAAAUAUAACCUUCCAAUGACUUCACUUUAAAAAGUGUUUUUGCUGUAGAUGAAUUGAUCCAAGUCACUGACAGGGAGAUGCAUUUCGGCAGUGUCUUAUCAGAAUUUGAGAGAAAUACUAUUUCAGGAGGUGUACCAUGAGGCAAGAUUAGAAGAUAAGCUGGAUCUGUUGAGUUUUCGGUGUCUCAAACCUGGCCCUAGAUCACCAUGGUAACAAUUUACCGCAUACAAAAAGGACAACUGUCAAUCAUCCGUCUCAGUCAAAUAACUAAAUAAAACGCUGACAUAAAUCAGCAUGGUGAGAACUCUCUGUGAUGACAGAAAAUAUGUCAAAGAAAAGUUGGUUCAUUUGAUUUGUUGAUGCUGUCAUCUCAUUCAUUAAUGCCUGAUGAAGUCCUCCACAGGCAACAUGUAAACCAUCAGCUAGUGGGAGAGUUUCUGGAACCAUAACAUAUUUUGAUGACAGAAAAUAGACCGGCUUUUGCAAUUACAUGUGUGUAUUACAUCAGGCAGCCUACACACUUUUAACUCAGUUGAACUCAUAGUCAUGGAUGUAAUCUCCCCGUCUCCUCCCCUCUCUUCUCUUAUUUUCCUCUGUUUCAAUUUCAGCCUUUCAACUAUUUUUGCAGGAAAAAUAUGAAAAAUAAAUUUGAUUAGCCUAUAAAUAUUUAUCACAUUAAAUCAAAUGCAUAAACUUGUUGAACAAAGAGGCUUCUGAAGUCACUACUUGUGUUUCCCCAUUUUUCGUGAGGGUAUCUUAAAUUUUAUUUGUGUGGUUGUAUAUUUUAGAGCUGUACUGUGUGUCAUUUUUACCUUAGCAUUAAGCAAUGGCACUUUGCACUGUAAAAUCCAUACACUGUAUUUUCACUUCAAAGUAACAAUAUUUUCUCCAAGAUUCAUUUCUUAAUCGCAGCAGCACUGUUGGUACUUAGAGCAAUAACAUAUUCAUCAUUAUCUUUUACAAGCAGCCAGUGAUAGUCCCCUUUUGUGCGGAAGAAUCUUCAAAUGAUUCAAUAAAUGUCCUUUUUCAUGUGAAAGCACUUAGAGCCAGAAAGUCUGAAUUAAAAGAGAAUUCAGAGCUAGAUAUCUUUUAUUAGAGCAGGCUUUGUUGAGCCAGCUUACCCCAAGAAAGACCAGUUAUGUUGAGCCCACUUUAUGGUACACCUCUUAAGUUUUAAGUGUUGGGCAGCUAUUUAACUCUUGAAUAUAAGUUUAAAGAAGAAUCCUAAUAAUAAAAUGCUUGUUGUUGUGUCAUAAGUAACAGCUGAAGCGCCUGUGCGUAGGUCAAGAGUAAUAAAACCUGUUAAGUUGUUGCAUUAACAGUAGAAAUUUAUUAAGUCAUGUAUUUUUUUACUUUUUCUUUUUAAAGAAUCGUAUGGAGGAGAGUAAAGCUCUGUUCAGGACCAUCAUCACAUAUCCCUGGUUCCAAAACUCCUCAGUCAUCCUCUUCCUCAACAAGAAGGACCUGCUGGAGGAGAAGAUCAUGUACUCUCACCUGGUGGAUUAUUUCCCUGAGUUUGAUGGUGAUUUUAACUUCUUUCUUGUUUCCUACUUUAUUACACAACAAUAUCACAUUGUUAAUAUCAUUGAAUGUUUGUACAGUGCAGGACUAUGCUACGACUGUUGAUAUAUUUAUUUAACUACCUGUGUUCGAGGAAAACCGAGCCAUUGCUCAACCUCUUGUCAGUAAUGAUCUGUGAUUUUUCACUCAGUCUCUUUGGAAACUGGAAGUUUAGAGCCAACUAAAAGCUUUCUUUAUGUAACAAAGCACUGACGGGUGUAUAACUCCAUGCAUUUUCUUGUUCCCUAAAUAUAAAACUUUCACUGGGAAAAGCACCUUUUACUUGUAUUCGUGGUGGUAUAGUGACACCCCCUGGUGAAAGAGUGGUAGUACAUUGAAACUGAAAUUGGCUAAACAUGGUUAAUCUCAAUCUGGAUUACGACCCUUUAAAUUAAAAAAAUUAAUAAAACUACUCAUCUAUCUAAUACAUGAAAAAUAUAUAAGCAUUUCUUGAACCAUUGCAAAAUAAUAAUAAUUUCAAAAACAGGUGAAAUAAUGCAAAUGAUGUUGGUUGGAGCUUGAAUUAAUAUGUUUUCCUCCUCUAUCAGGGCCUCAGCGGGAUGCCCAGGCAGGUCGGGAGUUCAUCCUGAAGAUGUUUGUGGACUUGAACCCAGACAGUGACAAGAUCAUCUACUCCCAUUUCACGUGCGCCACUGACACAGAGAACAUCCGCUUUGUCUUCGCGGCUGUCAAAGACACCAUCCUGCAGCUCAACCUCAAAGAAUACAACCUGGUGUGAAUAGUAGAAAAAAAAAAAAAGGAAUGAGCGAAGGAGAGAGAGAGAUAGAGGGAGCAAGAAGGAGACCUGCAACCCCUAACACACAAUGUAGAGUCCGAUUCUAGACACACGGUCAAAUAUGUGCAUGAAACAUAGAGCUGCUCAGAGUUUGAAGCACGUUUCAUUCAUACAAGACCGUGACUAUCCUUUCUGUGUCCCUGCUGUCCACUCUGCUCCUCAGUUUUCGGUUUGCUCAAUAUCUUUUUGUGGUUUGAACAUUUACUCCAGUAAUAUCAAACUCACUUUCAUAUGAAAACACUCCCUCUACUUUUCCCCCCUCUCUGCAGGGGUUUGGCCUGUUUCUCUCGGUCCCUAUGUGGCCCUGGGUUAUGGAUCAUAUAUUUUCUCUCUGUACACUACAUUAUCAGCACUGCUUGUGUGUUUGAGGUGGGUCAAGGGCCUUCUUUGGGUAGAUUAAGCUUUCAUGGAAAAAGUGCUCUCUUCCCUUCUUCUUCUUAUUUAAUCCAUGCAUGUUAAACACUACAGCAUGAAGACAUGAGGCCGGGCGACAGUCCGCGGACUCUGCUCAUGUGCGAGGGGUAACUAAUUAUAAUGACAGGAAAAAAAUGAUCAGGCUGAGUUGGGAUGCUGUGAGGUACUUGGUUUCCCUGGGUCUUGAAUUGUGUAUUUGAUUCUUUGAUUAUUUUGUAAUCUUGCCCCCAAAAUCAGAGCUCAGUUGCUCUGUUGAAUGUAAAUACAGUUUCGAUGCUGCUCACAAAGAGUGAGGGCUAAACGGAGACAACUACAUGUUCUCUGAAGACUUCAGAUAUUUUCUGCUCUUGUUGGUUUUAACAUUUUUGCUCCUGCUCUCUAAUUAAAACUCAAAAUGACUACCUGACACAGUGAAACACUCUAGAAAAAGUUGCAGUUAUGUUCCUUUUACACUGCCCCCCUUGGCUUCAAGUGUUAAUGUACAUUAUUAAACACAACAUUACAGAUAUUUACAAACUGUAUAUCAACACCCCUGUUAUUUUGUAUCUCAUUGCCAAAUCAAAACCACCUUCUUUGUUUCUGUAAUUACUACUAUGUUGCCAGUAUCCUGUUCAUCUCUUACGUGGCUCAGAUAAUUACACUUUUAAAAACUGGUUUUGCCAAAAUUAAGCGCAAGUAUUCACUUUUGUGUCGGAUCAUUCAGGCGUCAUGAUGUAACGGCGUGCUCUGUGUGACAUCUGUUCAUGUCAACUUACGUCUGAAUCACACUUAUAUUAGUACUGUGAUCUAUUUUCUUUGUUUGCUUUUGGUGGUGAGAGUAAUCUUCCUGUGCACAAUGUGUGAAUGACGACACCGGGGUGGUUAGUGCAGCAGUCAGUUCUAGAUGGAUCAAAGCUUUUGCGCUGCCAGCUAGCUUAAGUCAUGAGUUGGGCUUGAAAAUGGAUCUGGCUUCUCUCUGUAAUCAAUUGUAUUUGCCAUAUUAUUUGGCCAACAUUUGAUAAACUGUAAUGAAUAGCGAGAGAGUAAAUAGUUCUUUUUUUUGUAUGUCUAAUUUAUCAAUCAGAUUUACGUAUUGUUGAUACAGUAAAUGAGACUUCCUCCCUCCCUAGUUUCAGCUCAAUGUUUUUCCAACUGAGGAGACAGGAGGAGAUUUUAUACUGCUGUAAAAUAUCAAAACUAUUUUAUGGACAAGUGUUCUAUCUUUCUAACGAUACUUCAUAUAUUUAGUUGUGCUGUUCUGUUUUGAAAUGCUUGACAACGGAAGGUGCAGUUUCCACGUCAAGUUUGUGCUUUAUGCAAAUAGGAAAAUGAAAACAGACAAAAAACUUAGUGGUUGAAUAUUUACCGUUCACGGAUGCUUGCUUUUUUUUGUAACUUUUGAGGAUAUGUGUUGGCUAUUGGUACCAAUCCCAUAUCGUGUCUCUUGCCUGAUAGUUGUUUAAAUAUUCCAUUGAGCUGAAAGUUAAUAGAUGGCUAUUUUUGUCUUCACAAUGUAAUUCAGGUAAGUUUUUUCAUAAGUUUUUCAUCACAAGGGCUACUUCUAGCAGCUUUGGUAGAAAUGAAAGGUCUCUAUGGACGGCAUAGAGCAAAAGGUGCAAUUAAUUAAUGAGGGGUGUGGGGGGAGGGGGCUUUGAAUCAGAGUGUGUUGACAUCCCUGACAGAGUAAUGGUUGCAGGUUCAGUAGAGGGAGGAUUGCAGCAGUCCUCAGAUACAGCCCACAUGGCUUCUUCCUGGCUCAGGGGGAUCUGACGGCUGUGUGUGUUUUUUUUGUUCUUUGUCUUCAGAGGAGGAGAAUGGCUCACAUCACAAGAAGAGAGGUUCACCUCAACAUCUUUCGAGACUUGAAUAUUUUCCUCUCACUGGUAGUGUUUCCAUGUUUUACUUUGACUAUUGGAGUCAGAAAAGUGCUUUGGACAUUCAGAUUUUUUUGCACAUUCAAAAAGCAGAAACUUUAAAGAUAGUGUUUCGGAUCCUGGUUUCUCUGAUUGCUGUAGAAAGAGAUGUUCGAGUAGAUUUAGGGAAAUUAACUCUUCCUGUGUAUUAAGAAACCUAAGGUGCCUGAUACAGGUAUACAUCCAGUUUUGUGCUGUUGAUUGAGCCGAUAAAGCCAUUAACAGAGAAAUUUAGACUUUCUGCAAAUAAGGUCUGACAUGUCCAUAAUGUCAUUUUGUUUCCCAGCUUAUAUUGGCAAAGCCUACUCCUUGACACCUCAGACCUAUUUAAAAGUUUUGUCAACCUCCUUCAGCUUAAUACUUUAUAAGCCGGUGUGUGCUCCCAUUUUCACUUAAGCUCAUCCAUAAAAUAAAACUGACCACUACAGCAGAAACUGUUGGUAUGGAGGUUUACAUUUUUAAAAACUUUGUAGCACUUUUUCCAUUUUUGGUUUGUUGCCAAAAACUGCAGAGCUAAUACAGAGAAAGUCACAUGGCUACACUACCAAUGAGCUGGUUAUUAACUGAAUUUUCUGUAUUCUUUUUUGUCGUUUCGUCAGACAAUCCAGGAAACAACAGUAUGCCAAAAAUAAGUAUUCAGACAGAAAAUGUAUCAAAAUUUCACAAUUUGUCCCGACCUCACUCAGAACAUUUCUCUUUGCCUCUUUUUCUUUUUUCCAAAUGAAGUUUGCAUUUUCAGCCUCAGUAUAAAUGUAUUUAUUAAAAUACUUGCCAAGUGAAGGUACUGCAAUGGCCAUUAUAAUAUUUUGGUGGUUACAGCGAGUGAAUAUAUGGAUCUGCUGUGUGUUUAUAUGUCGGCCAUUCUCCUCUCUAUCCUGGACUGUAAUUCUUCUGCGGGUUGAAGGCACUGAGACUGCACCACUGCAGUGGGUCUGUAUUCAUGCAAAGUAAGAUGUCUGAUCAAGCGCACUUGUUGGUACUCUGAGACAUGUAUGUGUAUGUGUGUGCGCGUGCGUGCGUGUGUGUCCACUUUUGAUGGGUAUUGCUUAUGCUUGAGAUCCAUUCUGAUUAGAAGGAUGGACAUUCAGUGAUAUUGAAAAGCUAUCUUUACAUCUUUUUUUCUUUUGUAAGGUCGAAACACCUUAACACAUGUAUUUAGGACCACUUAAGACUUUUUUAAAAGAGUUCAAAUAAACUUUGUGUAGUGGUGUACAAAUUGAAAGUAAUGUAUUUUUUUUUUUCUUCUCUUUUUUUAAGUAUACCAAAUGUAAAUUAUGUACAAUGAGUGUGCCAAUCCCCUUUCUUUGUAAAGCCAGAUUCUUAACAAGUGCCAAUGUUGUGAAAAAUCAGAGGGCCUGGGAAUUUCAUGGUCCACUUUUUAAAACAAAUAAACACUCAAGUAUGUGAUUAAAAAAGGAUAAUUUUAUUCUGUAUUUAAGAUUAAUGAUGAACUGCUGUUUUUAAAGGUAAAUGUCAUUUUAAUUGCAUGUGUUUGUCAGGUUGGGGAGGGAGUGGGUGGGUGGGUGAGAUACUGUAUUCAUGCAACACCCUCAUUUAAAGGGUCUAAUGGUUGGUUAUUGAUUUACAGUAUUUUAGCCAUAUUUCUCUUUUGUAUAUUUCAUUUCAACCACUGUUGCCUGAACCUCAUUCAAACAUGAAAAUGAUUUUCAUAGCCUUCUCCUUUAAAUGUUUUAAAUUGGAAUAAACUAUGUUCCUAUACUCUCUUA